AUGACCAGGUUCCUUAGAACCAUCCUUAUCGCCCACAAGCUCCACCUUCGCCACCCCAAAUGCAUUAUCCCACCUCUCCUUUCUCACUACUCCGCAACUGCGGAUUACUCCGAAGCGCUCGACACACACAAACCAACAUACGAAACCUCCACCACAACCAGUUGGAGCAGGUACGGGAACAUCUACGGCAGCCCAGAUGUGCAGCACAGCGAUCACAGCGACGGAGAUGAAAACCCUAGCAGUGGGAGGGCAAAGGAUGUGGCAAUGGAGAAGAAAAAGGGGAAGGGGAAAACACAGUGGGUGUGCUGCGUUUGUGGGCACACGACUGGGAUAUGGUGGGGAACAUGCCCCGAAUGCGAAGAAAUCGGCACAAUGGAAAAGUUUCAUGAGAGCAAAUUAACUGACAAACCCAGAGGAGGGUUAGCCAUUACCGAGUACGCAAUGGGGUCGUGGCUCCCAAGACGACCCGAACAGUUCCGCCCCAUCAAAUUGGAAGAGGUGAACCGUGGAUUCAAUCACGACAAAUGGAGAAUUCCUUUGUCUGGUUCCCUUGGACUUGAAGUUUCUACAGUGCUUGGUGGAGGGCUUGUACCAGGUUCUUUAACCUUAGUCGGUGGUGAUCCUGGUAUUGGGAAAAGUACUCUGUUAUUACAGAUUUCAGCAAUGAUAGCAAACGAAUGCAGUGAUGGUGAAGCACCUCCAGUUGUAUAUGUCUCUGGUGAAGAGCUGUUGAAGAGCGUUAAGCAAAUUUGUUCUAGAGCAGAUCGCCUUGGGAUUAAGUCUAAUAUUUAUUUAUAUUCAAGUACUGAUAUUGAGGAUAUACUUAGAAAAGCUCAUGGUCUAUCCCCACGAGCUCUGGUGGUUGAUUCAAUACAAACUGUUUACCUCAACACAGUAAUUGGAAGUGCUGGAGGGGUUAUGCAGGUGAAGGAAUGCACUGCAGCUUUGAUGCGAUUUGCAAAAACAACUAACAUCUCAGUGUUUGUGAUCGGACAUGUGACCAAAUCAGGUGACAUAGCGGGACCUCGUGUCUUGGAGCACAUCGUUGAUGUUGUUUUGUAUAUGGAAGGUGAGAAGUACUCUCCGUAUCGAAUGCUUCGAGCUGUGAAAAAUCGCUUUGGUUCCACUGAUGAGCUUGCAGUUCUUGAGAUGUCAAAGUCAGGACUCCAGGUUGUUUCAAAUGCCAGUGAAAUGUUUCUCACUCAACAACACUCUGAUUCAAAUGUUUUAGCUGGACUUGCUAUUGCUGUAAUAAUGGAUGGUACAAGAACUUUUUUAGUUGAAAUUCAGGCACUUUGCCUUACACAUUGCCCAGUUUCGAGUUCACAAUCUAAUGGGAUCCAUGCAAACAAAGCUAAUAUUAUUAAAUGUGUACUUAUGAAGCAAGCAGGUCUUCAUCUCCAAGAUAAUGCUGUUUUUUUGAAUGUUGCUAGCGGCUUCACAGUGACAGAGACUUCUGGAGAUCUUGCAAUAGCAGCUGCAAUUUGCAGCAGUUUCUUGGAGUUCCCCAUUCCAGAGGGGACCGCAUUCAUUGGUGAAAUUGGCCUUGGUGGGGAGCUUCGCAUGGUUCCGAGAAUUGAUAAAAGGGUUAACACAUUGGCGAAGUUGGGUUACAGAAUGUGUGUAGUACCAAAGCAAGCUGAAAAACUUAUACAAAACGAAGGUCCAGGAAAAAUGGAAGUUGUAGGUUGCAAGGAUCUGAAAGAGGUUAUCAACGCUGUAUUCAGAAGAGAUAAUUAA